AUGCAAGGCCCGGCCGCCCCCUCGGAGCUCUUCCGGAGCCUGAAGCAGGUCUACCUGGUGUCGUUCCAGUGCAGCCCGCACUCCACCCCACAGGGCAUCGUGGGCACCUUCAAGCACUGCGCCCGCCUGCAGCAGGGCCGGGACCUGGAGCAGUACGUCUCCGUGGUGGUGCUGGACGAGGUGGGCCUGGCCGAGGACUCGCCCCAGAUGCCCCUCAAGGCCCUGCACCCGCUGCUGGAAGACGGGUGCAUCGAAGAUGAACCCGCCCCCCACAAGAAGGUGGGUUUCAUCGGCAUCUCCAACUGGGCCCUGGACCCCGCCAAGAUGAACCGGGGCAUCUUCGUGUCCCGUGGCAGCCCCAGCCAGAGGGAGCUCAUCGAGAGCGCCCGGGGCAUCUGCGCGUCCGAGCCCCUCGUGCAGGAGAGAAUCCAAGCGUACUUCUGGCCCUUGGCCAGCGCCUACGAGGCGGUGUGCGCGAAGCAGGACAAGGAGUUCUUCGGGCUCCGAGACUACUACAGCCUC